AUGCCGACCGCAACAGCACAAAUCGAUGGACUGGUUUUAGCUCAGGCUGAAUCAUGGGAGACGGUGGAAGGAAAUGUAUAUUUCCCACCAUCGGCCAUCAAGGACCAGAAAGCCUUUCUCAAGACUGACACGAAAACUUUCUGUCCCUGGAAAGGCGAAGCUGAGUAUUACUCUAUCCAGCAUGGAGAUCAAACAAUCCAGGACGCGGCAUGGUAUUAUGCUGAACCUUAUGAGAAGGCGAUGAACAUUCAGGGCCAUAUUGCCUUUUACAAAUCAAAGGUCUCAGUGACUGUUGAAUAA